AUGAUAAAGUUGGAUCGAUUGUUUACCCAACGGACAAUUUAUAUGAGUAGUCAAAAAAAUUUAGCCUAUCUAAAUGCAUUACAAUAUUUUACUAAUGAACCAUCGCUGAAUACACUUGCCACAUGGUUAUGCUUCCUGAUACAUUGGCCAUUUCAUGCUGCAUGGUUAAGUGUAUUUAUUGAAAAUUAUCAAAAAUGUGAAAUUAAAGAACGUACUAAUUAUUUAUUGAAUGGUCGUCAUACAUCACGUUCACAACCUGAAGGAUUAAAUCGAACAUCAAUUGAUGGAAAAAUGAAACACUAUGGAAUGGAACAACUGGGUCCAAAUUUAACUGGAUUAUACUCACGUGUAUUAAAAAGACUUGGUCCCCUUAUUCAUACAGUACGCCUUAAAGCUUUGGCUGCAUCAUCUUCACCUGGAGGUAUACUGGGGCCACCAUCGGCAGCAGCAGCAGCAGUUCACUCGAAUACUGAGUCUUUCCCAUCGGCUGAACUAUUGGCAAGUAUUAAUAAAACCUUAAAACUCUGUGAACUAGCAUUUUAUGAUAAAGAUCCAGUAAAACUUGGCGAAUUUUUAAAGUCAUGUGAUUCUAUGCAAAUGGAUCCAAAGUGUCAACAACCUGGAUCAGUGACUAUCAGCCAGCUUGUAAGAGCAAUGAAACUGACACCAUUUUUAAACCCACAAAUCAGUAAAUGGAUUAAAGAAGUACUGUUGCCGAAAUGGAAUAUUCUCGAGAAUAAUAUUGAACAGAAAGAAAAAAAGCCAACAAGUUCACGAAGUAGUCAACGUUCACAGAAGCAUAAUGUGAAACACGAUCUACCUAAUCCCACCGUUGUCAGAAGAGAAUCACUUAGAUCUUCUAUAUUGAAACUGAAGGAAACGGUACCAAAGAAACCACUGAAUCAGUUUACAGUAGAUGAAGUAUGUCAUCUAGUUGAAAGAAUAGUUCUGUUAACUUCGAAACCAUUUAUGAAUGAUACAAUGAAUGAGAUGGAUUCAACAUUAAAUAAACGAUUAAGCUCUGAAGAAUCUGAAACACUUAUCAAUGAUCCAAUACCACCAGCAGCUGUCAAUACAAUAGUAGAUCAUGGACAUACAUCGUCAAACAUUAAACGUUAUACAGAUUCUAUGAGAAAGUUAAAUAUUACAGGAAGUGUAUUAGACUUGUGUUCAUUAAAGGAUUUAGAAGCAAAGCUUAAUAUGUUACCUACUGACUGGAAAAUGUUUUGUGCAUUUAUACAACAUUUAAAGAAAACAGAAAGUGAAGAAACAAUUUCAACAAAAUCACGCAAAUCAAAUGAACAAUUCACUGCACCAUAUCAACUAUUACCUCAGAGUCAUCAAAAUACAACUCAAGUAUCAAGCCAUAAAUCUAUAGAAACUGAUAAAUCUUCAGUAUUAUCAGAAGUUAGAAAAGAUCAGUUAAUGAUGAAUACAGUUAGUGAUACAAGUUUGACAGUAAAAAGUGCUCCACUUACAAAGGACUAUCAGUUCGACAGUGAGUUAAAUUUAGUUGAUCAUGGUUACGAUAAGAAGAAAGAUGGAAUCACUACAGCUCAAAUUCGUGCAAGCAAGUCAGGAGAUAGUAAACACGCUUCAGAAAAUAAUAUUCAUGUACCAUACUUUAGUUAUACGAAUGAACUUCCUGAGCACAAUGAUUACCCAUUGCAUCAUUCAAAAAUGUCUGAACGACCGGUUCAUAGUGUCCUGCCACCUUGCACUAAAUAUCAGUCAAGGAUAGAUCCAAACAUUAUAACUCAACAGUCAAGACAUAUGCAUUAUAAUAAUAAAAUUAAUAAAUCUCAAUAUGAACUGAGAUCUAAACCUUGUCAUGACAACAUUCAUCCGCAUUCUCAUCACAAGUUGAGGAACCAGAAAUCACUAGGAUCUAAAGUAAUUUGUGAUCAAAAUGAAUGUGAUUGUUACCUGCAUGACUCAGCAUUUCCAGAUGAUACAGGAGUACAUCGGGCUUACACACUACCUCAUUCCUUACAAUUUUAUCACCAGAAACAGUAUAAACCACAUAUGCAUGAUUAUGCAUCCCAUUCUUCACGAUCACCAAACGCUGCAAUUUGCAGUCGUCAUCAUAUGCCGACAGCAGGAAAUAAUCUUGUGCCGUCAGCAACAAUGCAAGAAUCAUUGCUAACUGAUCAUUUAGAAGUAACAAGUCAAAAAUGUAUGCAGUGUAAAUUUCCACUGCACACAGAAUAUCACCAACAUUACUGUAUUCAUCAACAAUGUAUUCCGGAUUUUUAUAAUUCACAUCAUUUAGUCAAUAAAAGUGCCGCUUAUUUGCAUAAAACUGCUGAAUUCUUACAUCGUCCCUUAGAUCCAUCGAACAUUCAUAACCAUGAUAAUAAAAAGAUUACAACGUCAGUAACACGUCAAUUCAAUGCAGCUGCUGAUUAUCCAGCACCAUGUGUAAAGGAUUCUGCCUCUACUUCAUUAGCCGGUGAACUAGGUGAUGAAGUGGCUGAUAUGAGUCAAAUAAGUAAUGAGGAGGAGAACAUAAACGAAACUUUUGUAAUUACGGAUGAAAAAUUGGAAGUAAGAAGACUUAAACAAGCUUCGAUUCCUUCAACUCCUGAUACGAUUGCAUAUCAACAACCAUGUGACUGCAAUUACUGGUAUGCUCAUGAACAACAACAACAACAAUCACACCGACAUCUACAUCAUGACCACUAUCCAGUAAAGCAGGCGACAGAUAUACAGAACCAAACUUCUGAUCAGAUAAUUAAUUCUGCAAUGGAAAGAGAGCAGAUAAAUUCCAGUUUAGAUACACUCAGUACUACAACAAAUAGUAGUAGUGAUAAUAGUAGUACAACUAAUCUUAGUAAUGAAAACGCCAGUGAACAUAGUCAGUUGGAUGUUAAUAAUUCAGUUGAUAGUUGUGAUGAAAUUACAUCGGAAUGUUCUAGUGAUAAUACAGUUAAUUCAAAAUGA